GAAAGGAGGCGGGGCCGCGGCGGGGCGCGCUCUCGGAACGCGCGCGGCGCAGGAGGCGCGGGUCGCAGGGAGCCGGUCCGCGGCCGGAGCGGGUCCCCGGGGUGCGUGCGGAGCAGGGCUCUCGGGGAGACGGGCGCCAUGAACACGGUGCUGUCGCGGGCGAACUCGCUGUUCGCCUUCUCGCUGAGCGUGAUGGCGGCGCUCACCUUCGGCUGCUUCAUCACCACCGCCUUCAAAGACAGGAGCGUGCCGGUGCGGCUGCACGUCUCGCGGAUCAUGCUGAAAAAUGUCGAAGACUUCACCGGACCCAGAGAAAGAAGUGAUCUGGGAUUCAUUACGUUUGAUAUAACUGCUGAUCUAGAGAAUAUAUUUGAUUGGAAUGUUAAGCAGUUGUUUCUUUAUCUAUCAGCAGAAUAUUCAACAAAAAAUAAUGCUCUCAACCAAGUUGUCCUUUGGGACAAGAUUGUUCUGAGAGGUGAUAAUCCGAAGCUGCUGCUGAAAGAUAUGAAAACAAAAUAUUUUUUCUUUGACGAUGGAAAUGGUCUCAAGGGAAACAGGAAUGUCACUUUAACCCUGUCUUGGAACGUUGUACCAAAUGCUGGAAUUCUACCUCUUGUGACAGGAUCAGGACAUGUAUCUGUCCCAUUUCCAGAUACAUAUGAAAUAACGAAGAGUUAUUAAAUUAUUCUGAAUUUGAAACAACAUAUUUUUAUACUUAAUGAAGUGUAUCUCAUUUAUCUCUUCCCUUGCAUCUUCUUUUGUUUUUGGUUGAUAGUUUUUUUUUUUUUGGUUAUAAGAACUAACAUCAAAAGGCGUAUUUGAAGGGAAAGGUUAAUGUGCCACUUAAACUUAAUUUUACAAACAAAACACAAAAAAAGAAGGCCACCGGAGCGGAGUGUUAAAAGAAUAAGACAACUACAUAAUAAGGAUUUGUAAAAAUUAAAAUCUGAAGUAUUCUCUGUAUUUCCAUUAUUCUUUAUGGAAUAUAAAGUGAGCAUGAAGGGUAGUUAAAACUUUCAGGUGCCUGUGGAGUUAUGAGAACUCUGUUUUAUGCCUUGCAUUCAUGCAAGUUCACAGUGGAUGUGAUUUAGAAGUAGACAUUCUCUUCUAUCUUAGAGUAUGUCUGAUUACUGGAAAAAUUAAUAUGAUUAUUUAUGAGAAGCCUAGUUUACAAAAUAGCCAAAAGUGAUGGAGUUUUAUUCCAUUUGUCUUAGGAAUGCCCAUAAUGCUUGUUUUUCUUACAGGUGACUAGCAACUUUCUCCAGACUUAAAGACUAAAUACCUCUUUAUAUGCUGUAAAUCAUUCUAACUCAUUUUAAAGUCUCUUAAGUCAACCAAAUAUGUGUCUUUCAGUGCUUUCUCUAAAAAUGUUCCAUUGUAUUAUAUCUGUGUGUGACUUCUUAGCGUUGCCAUUGAAAGUCGAAAUAUUUGCAUGGUUUACCCUCUGAGUUAAGUUUGUUCUAGUGAACAUGUCUAGUGCCACUGAGUGGUAAUUAUGUAAAGUUUUCUGUAGGUCCACAUUUUAAUAAUUACUGGGGUAAUAAUAUUUGGUGUGUUUUUGCAUUUACAGGCACUCUUGUGUACUUUACUGUGUGUUAUCUUCAAUAAUCUGAUGAGGUUACGUGUAGUGCAAAUGUUAGUUCUUUGCAGAUGAAGAAACUGAAACCCAGAAGUUUGUUGACUUGCUUCAAGGUUACAUAGCUAGCAAGGAAUGGUGUUAAAACUUGAACACAGAUCUGAAUUCUCUGAGCUUGUCUUUUCUCCUAUACCUCAGAUUACAGACUAAUCAAAAUUUACUUAUAAUUUUCGUUAUAUUUAUUGUGACCAUGGACACCCUUUCUGUCAUACUCCUAGAGGAGAUUUCCCAUCCUGUAUGGAAGUGACUUAAUUUUCAAGCUGCCAACAACUUAUAUAGAGGCAAUAUCUCGAUUAAUUUUACUUACGAUAAAAGUAUAAGAAUCUAAAUAUAUGUAAAAAUAAUUCGGAGAUUAAGUACAUAAUAGUACGUGAUUAAAUAUAUGAUCAUAUUUAACAUGACUUUUUUCUACAUGGGCAAAUAAACAUCCUUCUCAAAGGAAGCAACCACAAGUCCAUUCCCUCAAGCAUGACCAAGCACUGUAGUUACAUGGUCAGCAGUUAACAAAGGGCUAAUAUUUUCUAAGAGUAGUUUAAAUUAAUAUCUAAUUUAUUAUAUUUACCUUAUAUGAAAUACAUCGCCACUAAAUUCCAUUAGUUUUAACAGCCGUUGCAUGUAAGAGCAUGUGUUCAUGUGAAAGGUCAAAGUUAUAGGAUCAUGAAUGCUGGACGGGGUUUGGCUCCCAAGUUUUUUAUUGAACUUUUCGGGGGCUCAGUUUCUUUAUAUGUAAAAUGACAGAUUGGACUAGUUAAUUAGAUAGGGUUUGUUUUACACCACGCAAGUCUGUAAAGUGUAUUGUAUCUCUUCAGCGGAGAGAUGAACACAAGAACACCUUCGUGAUGUGAAGACAGGAAGAUGAUUGAAAGACUAAUUAACACACAACUCACAUUGAUCUGACUUUAUUUCUGUUAGAGUUUACCUCCAGAAAAUUUAACUUCAUACAGUUUGUACAAAUACUAGACAUGGAAACACAAUCUUCAGGCGUCAAAGCUUAAAACUUGAGUGUGUUCUCAUUAAGGAAUGCGUGCACAGUAAGCCUGCAGUCCUGACCAGACCUGGGUGCUGGUUCAGUAGUCGGUCAUCCCUCUGUGCUGAGUGGGUCCAUCGUGAGGUGGAGAUGAGUGUUGACGUUUACCUGAGUUAGUGUAUUUGACAAGCCCACCCACUUUUUUGGAAUUUGGUGAGGAAGAGGAGUAGAAAGGCCCAGCCAGCACAAUGGAUAAACAGCGUUCUGUUCUUUCUCAACUAAGGGGAACUGCUCAGGACUAGAAGGCUCCAAUAUGGGAAUAGGAAACCUCUGUCUCAGGAACUCACUUUUGGGUGUGCACAGCUUUGUUCGUUUACCAUGAUUCUACUUUAAAAAAAAAUGGACUUUUGUUCAGUUUGAUAACCGUGUCAUCUACCUUAGUGUCAGUGUUUUAAAGUAGUCUUAUAAAGUCUCCACAAAGACCCAAGGCUUCAUACUUAAGAAAACCUAAGUGUGAAUAGAAAUGUAUGAGCCCAGAGAUGAUUCUGGGAAAAGAGAAUAAUUGCAAGACACUUAUGUAAUUACAGUUAGAAGUGAGUUAAUUUUAAAAGAUAGUGCUCCCUUUUCUCUAGCAAUUUAACCUAGACAAGCAGCUGUAUCAGUGUUUUUUAUUCCCCCAGUUGAUUACAGCUGGUUUCUUGAUGCUUAAAAGAAAAUAACGAAAAACUUAAGAAAUUCCUUAGGGUGUAAUAGGAAAGUGGAUAUUUUGGAUUUCCUUUCUUGGAAUUAUUUUACAGUUCUUUGAUGGGUCUGGCCAGCCUAGUAAUAGCACUGAGAGACGGGCUUUCAGGUUACAGUGAACACUUUUCACCAUGGUGUCUAAAGCUUAGUGAGCUAAAGCUUUGGAUCUUUGACGUAUAGGUUAAUGGAGGUGUUAUUUUCUAAUACUUUGAAUUGACAUGAAAUGGGUUUAUGGGGAGAAAAAACCAUAAGCUGUGAUCUUUGGUUGUAAACAAACAUCUAUCCUAUUUCAGAAGCUUUCCUUGGUUUUAGGAGAGCCCGUGUACCUUUCAUGUGCCUGCCAGUGGUUUGAAGAGAUCUGUUCCAAAAAGUUGUUGCAUGUUUUUGAUGCAAUUCGGGAAAUUGUUUAUUUCACAAAUACAGAUUCAUAAGAAAAAAAUCGUGAAAAUACUGAAGCUAUGUUUGAGGAUUUUCUUAAUUGCAAUAAAUAGUCAGCAUUUUUUCUAAUGAAAAUGAAUUUUGUUUACGAGUAAAAGUAUGCAUUUUAAAAGACUUUCAGAUUUAUGCUUUUUACGUGAAGCGCUGAACUAAAAGAAAAUAGAUGAAACUAAA